CCUAAAUAUAUUUGAUCCAUCUUUUCUGUAAAGUCACAUAUAGUGUCAGGUAUGACAUCAUUGCUCGUAAUCGAACAAUCCACACCCGGAAGCCUUUAUUUAUUACGCUUUACAGGAGCAGCAUACACGGUAGUGUCCCAACAUGGGUGGUAUUUCUAAAAGAGAUAACCUGAUCGUGACACCCACAGGGUGAGCUCCACUUCGGCGGAAGUGUACAGGUUGCUAGGCGACGCCAGAAGUCCUCGUCGAUGUGAAGCCGACACACACGGUCGGGUGGACGCGUUUUAUAACCAUAACGUUAACAUCAACGACAACACUGAACGAAAAUGCCGUUCAGCGCCGACGCGAUGAAACCUCCGCUGCAUGUCCAAAUAACGGAGAUGCAGCGAAAAAUCCAACUCCUGGAGGGCGACAGAACUGCAUCCUAUGAGAGCUCCCAGUCCACCAUCAAGAAGAACAGAGAGUCCAUCCGCCAGCUGAGGCAGGAGAACAAGGGGCUCUGCAGGAAAAUGGCAGAAGCUAAUGCUGGGGAUGAAAACAUCAUCAAAGUGGCCUUUCAUAACAGAGGGCUGGAGAAGGAUGCCUACCGCAACAUGUCAGGGAAGGCAGCUCUGACAACACUCGACCAGCGGGUGCUGUCCAAGAUGAAGCGCCUCAAUGCCAUAAAACACACCACCCAGACCCACCAGCGUCACCUCAACGAGCUGAAGACGGAAUAUCAGAGAAUGAAACCAGAGGGCAGCAGUGGAGCACCGUCUGCCGAUGCUCGCACUCGGAAAAAGGAGGAAGAUGCCAUGAACCUCCGGGCGCUGGAGAACAGUCUGGAGAAGACCCAGUUUAAAUGCAAGGAGGCCGAGAACAUCAUGAUUAACUAUCAGAAACUCAAAAGUAAUCUGCAGGAGGAGAGUCUCACUUUCCAGAGCCAGUUGGACAGUCUGGAGGCAGACAUCCUGAAGCACAGAGAGGAGCUUCACAACAUGCAGGUUAUGAACACCAACGCCCAACUCUCUAAAGAAGAUGCUAAGGUUGACUUACAGCAGCAGGAAGAAUUGCUCUACAAGGAGAGCAAAGAGAGAGAGCGCAUUAUAGCAAGCUACAGGAAGAAGGUCGAGGAGCGCAAGGCCCAGGCUGAAAAAAUUGAUAGAAGGGCUCAGAGAACAACUAUUCAGCCAGAUGAGCUGAGCAGUGAAGCCCAACGCAGCACCCCCAGGAUAGGGGGGGAGGAGGAAAAGGUUAUCUCCACUUUUGAGGAGGCCUUCCGACAAAUCAAGGAGGCCACCGGGGUCACCGAUAUACAGGAGAUAGUGGAGCGCUUUAUCUCACAGAAGGAGACACACCAACAUCUGGAGAAGCUGAAGGGAGAGAAUGUGCAGGCGCUGCAGCAGCUGAAAGAGCAGAAGGAGCUCCUGAACCAACAGUUCCAGCAUAUGAAAUAUUCUGGAGAGGCUAAACUCUCCAGUGACCAACAGAUGCUGGAAGAGUGUGAGAUGCUACUGCAGACUCAACAGCAGAGGUGUGAUGAAGGCAAAGAGUGCCUGGAGUGGCUUGUUAAAGCCCUCGGUACCGUCCGAGCCGGAGUGGAACACCUCGCAGACAAACUUCAACACAUCACACUGAGCGACAACACAGUGGCGGAAGUGUCUCCAGACUCAGAUGAGUUAGUGUUGGAGCUGAUGACCCAGUGUGAGCUGAGGUUGCUGUUACUGCACGGGGAGCUUAAGGGGAAGGAUUUGGCUGCUACUCUGAAGGAGAUGGAGGAAGAGGAGUUCUUUGUGCGGAUUGAAGGGAAACUGCCAGCUUACAACACGCGUGUCAAGCUAUCUGAGGUUCAAAGAUUGGACCUCUUCAAUGACGGUUUGGAGACACUCACACUCACACACACACAUCCCCACACACACACGCACACACACACACACACACACACCCACACACACUCACACUCAGUCACUCACACUCACACACAGUCUAAACUGUCACUGUUGUUUUGUGUCUCAGAGGAUGACAGUGAAGAGGACGAGGCUGACAUCGUAUCGCGUGAGGCACUGAAGCGUCAGUCUCAGCUGAUCAUCGACUCCAGGUCCAAGAAAAAGCCCUGGAAGAAGAAGAAGGGCAAGUUCUGAGCCGACAGCAUCGUCUCAAGACUCAAAGAAAAAGAAAGAACCAUCCCAUAUUUAAAUUGCUUUUUAAGACUAGAAAAAUGACCACAACUCUUAGAUUAUUUUUAUCAAUAGAUAUGUUUUUUUAUAUUUGUUGUAUCAAUGUUUGUGUUUUGGUGUCAAUGAUGCACUCGUUUCUCUGCCUCUUUUUCACUAAUCAGAAUUUCACCCUCUACCUCAUGCUAUAAUAAUAAUAACAAUAAUAAAUAAAAUAAUAAAAACAA